AUGUAUCCCCACGAGCAUUCCUUCGAUAAAUCGGAAUCAACCAUCAUCUAUGCAUCAUGGGCCAUGACCGUUGGUCGCAUAACAAAUUCCGAAAAUGUCAUACUUAACGUUGUCACUGCCGAUAAGAGAAUAUCUGGAGAAGAAGGCUGCCCCGCCGCUUACAUUACAUCUAACCCGAUGGUUAUCAAGCUCUCAAACAGCCAGACGGCUUUAUCAUACCGCGAAACCGUUCAACAACAAAUCGCAGAUUUGAGAUUUCCGGGGCAGGCCGGUCAAGACUCGAAUGAAAAAACAAUCCUUGAUGGCGAAAACACGUCCCUGCCGCAGACAAUGCUUCUUGUUGGAGCUAAAGAUCAGAUAUUUACCCAACACUUGGUCGAAACGCUGCGGGAGAAUAUCCAAUUCUCUGAGGUUGCCCAGCAUGUUAUUACUCUUGAUCUACAAGUAGGCUUAAGCAAAUUUACAACCAUAGUCUGGCUCGAUUUGAAAGCCAUAGCAAGUUGGGCCGCCCAGGGGAUGCAGGCGCGUCUCGAACAUGUCCUCUGUCAACUUGCAGGUGCAGGCACUCAGACGACGUUGCUGGACAUUGAUAUAGUCAGUCCACAUGACCUGCAAAGCAUAUGGUCGUGGAACAAGGCUGUUCCUGCGUCAGUCCAGAGAUGUGUCCACGAAAUGAUUGCAGAAAGGUCACAAAUCCAGCCCGAGGCGCCGGCUGUGUGUGCUUGGGAUGGCGACUUAACUUAUUUGGAACUAGACCAACGUGCGACAAGCUUGGCAGCCCAGCUCAUCAAUCUCGGCAUUCAUGCUGAUACGCUGGUUCCUCUGUGUUUCGAAAAGUCCAAAUGGGUGACGGUUGCCAUGCUAGGCGUCCUCAAGGCAGGUGGAGGCAUUGUGUUGCUUGAUCCGGGUCUUCCAGAACAACGACUUCGGCAUAUGGUUGAACAAGUAGACUCGGGCAUCUUGCUUUCAUCUGUGACCAAUAAAAAGUUGAGCUCGCGGCUGUCUAAGAGGGUUGUCGAGGUUGGCCCAGGUUUACCAAAACCCGCCGAGUCUGUCCCAACAGCCUGCGCAAACCCACAACCACCCUCAACUGCGAUGUUUGCUGUGUUCACGUCUGGCAGCACAGGUAACCCCAAGGGAGUCGUUUUGACACACGAGAAUUUUUGCUCCAGCGUGGGCUAUCAGCUGGACCUUCUCAAGUUCUUACCUGAAUCCAGGGUCUUUGACUUCGCCUCGUAUGCAUUCGAUAUUGCAAUCCAUAAUGCAUUUGCCACCUUUGUUGCAGGUGGGUGCCUGUGCAUUCCAUCUGAGAAAGACCGACGGGAUAAUUUGGCCAGGGUCAUGAUUGACAUGCGGGCUACAAUUGUUGAUCUAACACCGACCGUUGCUGGCCUUCUGGAUCCACAGAUGCUGCCCGACUUGAAGACAAUAAUAUUUGCUGGCGAGGCAGCUACAGUUGAAAGCUGUGAACGAUGGUGGGGAAAGGUCCAUGUCAUCAAUGCUUAUGGGCCUGCCGAAUGCCAUAUAUGUGUCGUUAAUAACACGGCAUCCUGCCCAGACGAGGCUACUCGGAUAGGGAAAGGAGCUGGAGCUGUGACCUGGGUUGUUGACCCAGAGAACGAUGGUCGUCUUUUAGUGCCUGGGUGCACUGGCGAACUAUUGAUUGAAGGACCAAUUGUUGGCCGUGGCUAUCUAAAAGACGAGCAGAAAACUGCAGCGUCAUUCAUUUGCGACCCGGUAUGGCAACUUCGUGGCUCUUCAGUCCACCAAGGGCGGCGGGGGCGCCUUUACAAGACAGGUGAUCUGGUACGUUAUCAUGAAGACGGGAGUAUAUCGUACGUUGGCCGGAAGGAUACACAAGUCAAGAUCCGCGGACAGCGUGUCGAGCUAGGGGAGGUUGAAAGUUGCCUCCAGGAGUGUAUGGGCGGCAUGAACCAGGUUGUGGCAGAGGUUAUUCAGCUGGAGGCAGAUAGGUCGCUGCCGUUAUUGGCAGCAUUCAUCUGCAGGAAUGAUCGAGACACCACCAUCAGCCAGUCAGAAUCCAUACCUGCCAAAAUUGUUCCUAUGGCUGCGUUCUUAGAAGACAGAUUGUCAAAGCGUCUUCCAAACUACAUGAUGCCAGCUGUUUUGGUUUCUGUGGAGGGCCUGCCUAUGACAGCUACGGGGAAGAUAAACCGCAGAGUUUUGCGCGAGAUUGGACGAUCAGUCCUGUCAAACAGCCCAGAACUCUCGUCGAACUCGAUGGCAAGAACUUCAGCGGAAUCAAGUAGCGAGGAAGAGAUACUACAGACUGAACAGCCAGCUUAUGCCCUCGCGCAAAAGAUAGCCUCCAUUCUCCCCGAGUGUUACCGCAAUGUGGUUGAGGUAGUCAACGGAGCAUCGAGGCUCGACAAAGCUUUCCAUAACGUGAUUCUGGCCUCCUUUGGUCUCGAUUCAAUAAAUAUUAUGUCCCUCAUGUACUUCAUCUCAGAAAGGUUCGGCGCCAAGAUCAGCAUGCAGCAACUCAUGAACGAGAAGACAAGUAUUCGCAGCUUGGCAAGGUCUGUAGGGAACAUGCAGGAAACUGUUUCACAGAGGCCCAAGAACUCGUUGCAUGCUGCUUCCGUCGACACUAUAGCGGAAAUAAACCGGCAUGACUCUCGAAUCUCUCAACACCAGGUAAAAAUCAAAAUAGCUGCCAUGGUAGAAGGCGACCCAACAAAGGGCAUAACCGGAUCUACGGUAUUUCUCACUGGCGCCAGUGGCUACAUGGGCACGCAAAUUCUUCGGCAGCUCCUCGAGCACAGGCAGGUAGAUCGUGUCAUUUGCCUAGUACGCGGCAAAGCACCAGCCUUAGCCAGAGCGCGUGUAAUAGAUGCGGCAAAGAAAUCUCUCUGGUGGACAGAGCUUCAUGACAAACAGCUUGACGUCUGGGUAGGUGAUCUGUCGUUGCCUCGCUUGGGACUCGACUCAACCAAUUGGGAUCUCCUCACAGACGGCAAGUCAGUCGAUGUUAUUAUACACAACGGCGUGGCGGUGCACUGGGCGAAGAGUUACCAUGCGUUGGAGGCCACCAACGUGUGUUCGACUGUCGAUCUGCUUGUCCUCGCAUUGUCAUCCCCUUCGAUGAGGUUCGUCUAUGUGUCUAACCGACGCACAGCCGACUCGGAAGACCAGACAGAAGAGGACGUAGCCCGUAGUCUCGUUCAUGUCGACUCAAUCGCGUAUAGCCAGACCAAGUUUGUUUCUGAGGCGUUGAUUAAGCGGGCAGCGGGCCGCGAUGCGUGUGCAUCAAGACGUCUUGCCGUUGUGAGCCCUGGAUAUGUUGUAGGUACUCCUACUGAAGGCAUUGGAAAUGCUGAUGACUACGUCUGGCGGCUCGUAGCAGCGUGUAUCAGAGUUGGUGCGUACAAUGCGGACGAGGCGAGUACGUGGCUACCAGUAGCUGACGCGACGACUGCAGCGGCCACCAUCAUCAAGUCCGCGUUGCAGGUCAGCUCUGAAGCAGGAUCUAAGACGGUGAGACCAAUCAUGGAUGGUAUAACAUGGGGUGGGAUUUGGAGUAUAGUUAGCGGGAUGGGACACCCGCUCCGAGCCAUGAGCGCUCGUGAGUGGCUCGGUGUAGUUCGCGCUGACAUUCAACAAGAAGGGGAGCGACAUCCCCUAUGGCCAUUGGCGCACAUACUCGACCGUCAGAAGGUCCAGGCAGAAGGAAAAGUCAAGGAGGUAUGGUGUCGAACUAGCGAUACCCCUUUAGGGUUGAAGAUUGCUCUUAGGAGAACCGCCGAGUCUUUGGGCAGGGCGGGAUUUCUGCAUCUACCUAGUAAAGGAAUGGCAGGAGAGGCAAUGGGGAGUGCUAACAACACCAAAGGCAGUGCUACAUUCUUCCGGCGAGCCGACUUUUCCGAGCAAGCUAUUGGGUAA